AAACUUGACCACUUGUAUCAGCGGUUUGGGUAAAUCCUGAUUGUUUAUAGAUCAGGGAGACUCAGGUUAAACACUCGUGAUUGAGUCUAGUAUCGUAUGCUGAUUGUUAAGGAUUUAUUUUGGGUAAAACUAACUUCUGUACUGCUGAAUUUCCAGUAAAGUUGUUGAGUAAUGAGACGGUUAAGAUGAUCAGGAGAAGAAAAAUGGCUGGAUAAUGUGUGACGCUCAGUGUUUAUAAGCAUUCAUUCACAGAAUCAUUGAUUCAAAGCAUCACCUCCAAUCAUGUCGAACCGGAACAUAAACGAGCACACUCCUCUUCUGGAAAGCUCAUCAAGUCUCCCCCAACAGGAAUCUAUAUUUAAAGGAUGUCGGUUGGCCUGCGUUGCCAUCCUGGUGGCUGUAUCUCUGGAGCGUGUGGCUUUUUACGGCAUCACCUCCAACCUAAUACUGUUCCUCAACGGCAGCCCGUUCUACUGGGAGGGCACUGUAGCCAGCCAGGCACUUCUGAUCUUCAUGGGCGUCACAUAUCUGGUGUCUCCGUUCGGCGGCUGGCUGGCAGACGCGUGUCUGGGAAAGUUCUGGACCAUUGCGGGUAGUUUUGUGCUCUAUUUAGCUGGCAUGCUGCUUUUCCCCUUCCUGGGCAGCGAAGGUUCAUUGGUGAAGCUGUGUGGGGAGAUGGUGGCGUUUCCUGUCCAGCCUGUUGAGUGCUUCAACAAGAGCGUGCCGCUUCCCACCAACGUGACCUGCCCUAGUCGAAAUUCUUACUGUGGACAUGUAAUCUACACCGGUUUGGUGCUGGUGGCUCUGGGUGUGGGAGCUGUGAAGUCCAACAUCACUCCGUUCGGAGCAGAUCAGGUGAAAGAUCGAGGUCCAGAAGCAACACGACGUUUCUUUAACUGGUUCUACUGGUGCAUUAAUCUGGGCGCCAUCGUGUCCCUGGGUGGCAUCGCGUACAUCCAGCAGAACCUGAACUUCUCAGUAGGCUUUAUCAUCCCCACCGUCUGCCUCGGCGUCUCUCUGCUCGUCUUUCUGCUGGGACGUACGGUGUUCAUCACCAAACCACCAGACGGAAGCGCCUUCACUCACAUGGUUAAAAUCCUGUUCUCGGCCUGCUGCGGUGGACCUGCACAACCUCAUCUGCUCAGGCCCAAACCAAGUCUGCUGGAUGGAGCGAAGGUGACCUAUGGAGGGAGGUUCACCGAGGAGAAAGUGGAGGAAGUAAAAUCGCUGCUGAAAAUCCUGCCGGUGUUUCUGGCGCUCAUCCCGUACUGGACCGUCUACUUCCAGAUGCAGACCACGUACUACCUGCAGAGUCUUCAUCUGAAGAUUCCUGGUACCCAAGCUAAUUCUACAGACCCUCACGAGAUAAGGUUCCAGUUCCCAGCAGCCUGGUUGACCAUGUUCGAUGCGGUGUUGAUCCUCAUGCUGAUUCCUCUGAAGGAUAAAGUGGUGGAUCCAAUACUGAAGCGUAGAGGACUUUUACCUUCCUCCCUCAAGAGAAUCGCCUUUGGCAUGUUCUUCGUCAUGUGCUCAGUGGUCGCUGCUGGAAUUUUGGAGACGAAGAGACUGGAUAUCGUGCAGCGUAAGGACAUGGUCAGCCAGGUCCUGGGAGGAGUCACGUUCUACGCGGCCAAUCUGACGAUAUGGUGGCAGAUCCCUCAGUACGUCCUGAUCGGCAUCAGUGAGAUCUUCGCCAGCAUCGCAGGGUUGGAGUUCGCCUACUCGGCCGCCCCUCGCUCCAUGCAGAGUGCCAUAAUGGGUCUCUUCUUCUUCUUCUCUGGGAUCGGCUCAUUUGUGGGCUAUGGUCUGCUCGCCUUGGUCUCUCUAAAGCCCAUCGGCUGGAUGUCCUCGCACGAGGACUUUGGGAACAUAAAUAAUUGCCAACUGAACUAUUACUUCUUUCUGCUGGCUGGGAUUCAGGGCGUCACUCUCCUUCUCUUCCUCAUCAUCUCAGUCAGAUACGACAAGCAGAAACCGGCCAAAGCCAAGCACAGGUCUUCAUUCACCUCCUGACCCUCACACUUCAUCUGUUUCUAUAGUUCAUUCUUCUGCACCCCUGCAGGGUUUUUAUUUGUGUGAAAGAAUCACAUGUAACUGACUCAUGAUUCAUAUGUAACUGACUCAUGAAUCACAUGUAACUGACUCAUGAGGCUUCGCAUCAAAUCAUUUUGGCUUAGAUAAAAUGUUUUUGAUUUGAUUCUCACUCAGAACUUUAUGUUUAGAGCUGAUGGCUUUUUAAUAGGAACAUUUUAUUACUACUUUUAUUAUUAUUAUUAAUAUUGAUGGUUUAGAAACUCCUGAACCUGUUUAACAUCUAAUUCAUUACUGCAAGUGAACCCAAACCAGUUCAUCCUCCAGUCUUUAUGUACAUUAUUAUUAUUAUUAUUAUUAUACUCUGUAUACCACUGUUAGCAGAUUAGCAGGUAAGGUGUUUUCUAAUUAAGGUUUUAGCAGUUUGUUGAUGUUACAGAUACCAACAUUAUUUUAUUAUUUAUUAUUUAAUAUCUAAAAUUAUGCAUCACAUGUUUAAAAAAUCAGUAUUUCUGUCUCAUUAAAUGUUUGCACAGUUCUUCUUUGAGGUGGUUUAGGAGCUGAUUGUUUACCUGCCGUGUCGUGCAGAGAUUGUGUUUUUUUGCGCUGAGCAUCAGUUAAUUGUCUGAUCAGGAUGAUCUGCAUCACGUCAGUUAUUGUACUGCAUUAAAAAAGUCAGUGAAUUGGAUCAGAACUGAUUUUAAAUCCAGUCUGAUACUGAUUAUUGUUUCAGGUUUAGAUGAUUAGCAGGUACUUACAGUUAAGGGCCUUGCUCAGGGGCCCAACAGUGGCAACUUGGCGGUGGUGGGGCUUAAACCGGCAACCUUUAGAUUACAAGUCCAGUACCUUAACCACUGAGCUAUCACUGAGCUAAGGUACUUAAGUUCAUUACAGCUUCAUUUCUUUAAUGAUUUUUCUUAUAAAUUAUUAAAUUCUAAUUAAACCCAUUUUUAACAGACUGAGACUUGAGGAUGCAUAAUGUUUCUUUUUUCUCUCUAUUUGCACUUGAAUGUUUACCUGUGGAGCAUUUUUAUACCUUCAUUUAGAACAAAUCCUAAGAAUUUUUGAUUGAUAAGUUUUGAUUGUUACUAUUUCUGCUUUAUUUGUAAUUUUAGCUUUUUAUUUUGGUUCUUAAAUAAAAUAUUUCCAAACCUGAUUAUUGUGGCUCUCAUGCUUUAGUAAUCAUGUUGUUUGGAAGCCUGACUCGACUGUUUUUGUUUCUUUUACUUCUAUUCUCAAAUGAUAAGAACCUUGUUCUGUAAAUAUUGUGGUUUAUAACUCUCAUGUCACUGUCUGUUUUAAUUGUCCUCAUUUAAUUCCUGACACGUUUCCACUUUUAGCUGAAGUUUGACUUCAGACUGUGAUGACUUUAUCAGCGUCGUGUGGAUGUAGAAAGGAAACCGAGACUGGAGCUUUAAUCUCUGCUUGUUUUCAUGAAUACAUGAACGCUCGGUUUCACCUCCACAGUCGACUCCAGCUUCACUCGUGCUAAAUGUUUAAAUGUGUGAAAUAAAUGCUGGAUGAAUAAUUCAGCUCGGCUAACCUCAUUUACUGCAGCAGAUUUAAAUGAUGAGAGAUUUUCUAUAAAUGUUGUAUUAGAGAAAGAGGAUCAGCAGCUCACAGAUUCAGUUCAGCAUGCAGAUCAUUCUCUAUUUAAAUCAUUUAUGCUAAAACUAUCAAAAACAAGAACAAUAGUUUUUAACAUUGCAUUUCUACACUAUCGGCUCAUCAUUACUUUACAUUUCUGCCUGUGUGCAGCCUCAGACCAGCUUUUGGCUGUGCUGUCACCCAUCGUGGCCCAGCUUUAAAAAAAAAAAGUUUAGAACCACUGCAUCAGAGACCUGAUUCCCAAACUGCACUAGUAGAUGUAACACCCAGGUGUACACCUAAUACAAUAUGGGGUAUGAUUAAAUAAUCAAAGAUUGUUGAUUUAUUUGACUGCUUCAUAAAUGUAAUUUAAUUAAAGCAAAUCCAUCUUA